AUGGCUCUCAUGGCGAUGCUCUUUGCGCUCGUCUUCGUGACUGAGCUAAUAUCAUGGGUUGGCAAGACUGUGCUGCUUGAAUUCUUCUACGCCCUGUACCUCCGCAUAUUCUACAGCGCUGCAGUGACGCAGCAGCGGAAGCUCAAGUCGGACAUUUUACUCAACAAGAAGGAACUUCUACAAACGAGCGCACAGGACCAGUUCGCCAAGUGGGCGAAGCUGCGGCGGAGCGUUGACAAGGGUCUCGCGGAUCUCGAGAAGCUGAACGGCGACCUCUCCUCCGCGCGCACCGCGUUCUCCAUGCGCUUCAACACCGCACUCUGGGUGAUGACCACCGGGGCGCAGUUCGUGAUCGGCUGGUGGUACCGCAAGGCGGCGGUCUUCUACCUGCCCCCAGGCUGGUUCGGGCCGCUGACGUGGUGGCUCGCGCUGCCGUUCGCGCCCGCGGGGAGCGUGAGCUGCGGCGUGUGGCAGAUGGCGUGCAGGCGGGUGAUCAAGCUCGGGGAGCGCGCCGUCCGCGACGUCGUCGCGCGCCACGGGUCGUCCACGACGCCGGUCCCGUCGGAAGGCGCGAAGACGGAAGGCAGCGGGAAAAAGGUCGAUUGA